AAGGGAAGUCCCGAGGCGGCCCGUCUGUGCGACCGGAGCUAACGGGAGGCCCAGGCGAGCGGGUCGGCGGGGCGGGGCUAAACACUUUUAAGAUGAGAAAAGUUGAUCUCUGUUUGAGCUCUGAAGGGGCUGAAGUGAUUUUAGCUACAUCAAGUGAUGAAAAACACCCACCUGAAAAUAUCAUUGAUGGGAGUCCAGAAACAUUUUGGACCACCACAGGAAUGUUUCCCCAGGAGUUCAUUAUUUGUUUCCACAAACAUGUAAAGAUUGAAAAGCUUGUAAUCCAGAGUUACUUUGUGCGGACCAUGAGGAUUGAAAAGAGCACAUCUAAAGAGCCAGUUGAUUUUGAGCAAUGGGUUGAGAAAGAUUUAGUACACACAGAGGGGCAGCUUCAAAAUGAAGAAAUUGUGGAUACAUGUGUGGACACAAAGAGGGGUCCAGUGGAGAAGCUCUGAGGUAAGUUACUGAGAGGUAGUACCUGUGAGAAGCCCACACAGAACUGGUCAUGACAGAGGUGACUGGAAGACAAGACAGCGAGGCCAAGAAGACCUGAAGUGAUGCUUGAGAAGAACCUGAUGCAGUCUACAUAUAUGUUUGUGCCUUGUAUAAUAUUAGCCUCCCCCACUCUAUAAUAUG